CCACCCUCUCGCCCUCUCGUCACGCCAACGAGAUGAACGGUCAAGGUCAGCCCUUCCGUGCAGGUGCUCCUGCUGCCGUCGCAGUCGAGUACUCGUGUGCCGACUGCGCUGCCUCGAACGAGAUCAAGGCGCGCGAGCCCAUCCGCUGCCGCGAGUGCGGCUGCCGCGUCAUGUACAAGAAGCGCAUCAAGCGCAAGGUCCAGUUCGAGGCCCGAUAGGCGCCUCCGCAACAAUGCCGCCAACGUCAACGGUCGCACCUUGCCCCGUCACCUCGACCUCGGCGGCUCCUCGACUCGACCCGACAGCCCGCCUCUCCGACACGCUCUAGCGCAGAGCUUUUCCUGUACCACCAGCGACCUUUCCCCACCUGUUGCAUCACUGCACGUGUCCAGCAUGUC